AUGGAAACUACACAUUUUAAUGAGACCAAUGAUAUAUUGCCAAUGUCAUUUCCUAGAGAUACACCUACUAUUGGGAUCGGUAAACAAUUAAAGACAAGGAAAUUUAUUUUAAGUAAGUAUACAAUAUAUACUACAAAAGAAAGAAUGUAUAUUGUGGGUUCAAACAAGAGAGAAACUAUGUUUCGAAUCUUAGAAAUAGAUCUUACAGUUCCGGAUGAUGAAUUAAAUGUAUUAGAAGACAAUGUCUUUUUCACUAGGAAUGAAAUUAUGAGUAUUUUAUCAAAGUUAGAAGAAACUACUGAGGGUGGUAUUGAGAAAAAAUUAACAGUGUUUGGUUUGUUAGGUUUUAUACGAUUUACUACAUGUUAUUAUCUAAUAACCAUUACUCAAUUUAGUCAAGUUGCUACAAUUGGCGGGCACUCUGUAUUUCAUAUCGACGGUACAGAAAUGGUACCCAUAUCCAAUAAUUAUAAGAAACCUGAUAAAUAUUCUACAGAAGCAAAAUUAAUGGCAACUUUCCAGGGUCUUGAUCUGACAAAAACUUUUUAUUUCAGUUACACCUAUGAUAUAACAAAUACAUUACAAACUAAUAUAUUGAGGGAAAAAUUGAAAGCUGUCAAUCGUAAUGAUAUUGUAAUACCAAGUGAUAUACAUGAUUUUAAUGAGAUGUAUAUAUGGAAUAUAUUUCUUUUAAAACCUAUUUUCAGUUGCAUCGAAACAGUAUACGAUUGGUUUCAAUGUGUUAUUCACGGAUUUAUAGAUCAGAUUAGUAUAUCUUUAUUUGGUAAGAAUCUUUACAUUACAUUAAUUGCAAGAAGAUCACAUCACUUUGCAGGAGCGCGGUUUUUGAAGAGAGGUGUAAAUAAUCAGGGAUAUGUGGCUAAUGAGGUGGAAACAGAACAGAUCGCUACGGACAUGUUAUUAACGUCGUUUCAUAAAUCAGGACCAGGUUACUUUGAUAGUGAUAGGUAUACUUCCUUUGUUCAACAUAGAGGUUCUAUUCCUUUGUAUUGGACACAAGCUGCCUCAAAUCUAACUGCUAAACCACCAAUUGAAAUAAACGUAAUAGAUCCAUAUUUUUCACCUGCUGCAUUACAUUUUGAUAAAUUAUUUCAGAGAUAUGGCGGUGGUGUUAUCCAUAUCUUAAAUUUAAUCAAAACUAAAGAAAAGACUCCCAGGGAAACUAAACUACUAAAGGAGUUUGAAGAAUGUGUAAAUUAUUUAAAUAUUUUUCUUCCAGAUGAUAAAAAACUUAUCUACAAAUCGUGGGAUAUGAGUAGAGCUUCAAAACAAGAUGGCCAAGGUGUAAUUGAAUUUUUAGAAAAAUAUGCAUUACAAACAGUUGAAGAGACGGGUAUCUUUCAUAAUGGAUCCGAUUUUAAGAAUACAAAGAUGCAAGAAGGAAUCUGUCGUACUAAUUGUAUUGAUUGUUUGGAUAGAACUAAUGCCGCUCAGUUUGUUAUCGGUAAGAGAGCUCUUGGCGAACAAUUAAAAGCCCUUGGAAUAAUAAAUGAUCCAUUUCUUGAAUAUGAUUCCGACAUUGUGAAUAUUUUGACAGAAUUAUUUCACGACCUUGGGGAUACAAUUGCGUUACAAUAUGGUGGAUCCCAUUUAGUAAACACGAUGGAAACAUAUAGAAAGAUUAAUCAAUGGAGUUCCCAUUCUAGAGAUAUGAUUGAAAGUAUUAAACGAUUCUAUAGUAACUCAUUCAUUGAUUCACAAAGACAGGAUGCAAUCAAUCUAUUUUUAGGCCAUUAUGUGUGGAAAGAAGGGUAUCCAUCACUAUGGGAAAUGAAUACAGAUUUUUAUCUACAUAAUAACUAUACUAAUAAUGGACCUAGGAGAAGUUACACACAUUGGUGGAAUAACUACCAUAUUGAAAGUUCGAGACAAUUGAUAGAACAUGAGAUUAUCGACACACAUAACGAUAUUACACCGACUAUGAUAAAACAAAAUAUUCGAGGAUACCCGGGAGCGGUUGAUAAUUAUUGGAACGAGUAUUAUACUCCAAGGACAUAUACAUGGCUUGAUGAACUAUUCGAGUUUACAAUGAAUUCAACAAGAAGAUAUCAAGAAACAAAAAAGUUAGGUAACGAGUUGUCGCCAUUCGUGUCAAGGAAACAAAGUUGGCUAAAUAAACACCUAAAGACUGUUCUAGACGAAAAAGAAGAUAGAAGUGUUAUCUCAAAUUCACAUGUGAAUAAAGUCGAAAAUUCUAAUAAAGGAGAUAAUUACAUAGACCUUUUCUAUUCUCAGGAAAUAGUUCGACUAAGAAAUUCCAAUUUGUUAAAUUUUACCACUAAAUAUUUACAGGAUGUAGUCCAAUCACAGAAUGAAAUUAAUGAAAAUUUUGACAAAAUAUUAAGAAAUGACCCUAUCCUGCAUGGUACUAGAGAACAUAGUGCAACCCAAAGUAUUGCGCAAGAUGGAAUUGAUAGCCCAGAUGUACGUCCAUGGAAUACUUCGACAGUUGCAAGCAUACCAAAUGACUCAACCGAAACGUUCAUAUCUUCUAAAAAAGAUACUGAACUAAACUACGUUAGCAUUUUGAAAUCUCGAGAAUUCUUCCAGAAAGUCGAUUUGGACCAAGAGUUUUAUCAAACCAUGCAAAAUGCAUCUUUGUCGUCGUCCAGUGACUAUGCUCAGUAUACUGAUGCCUCUACGAUAUCUGUGGAUAAUGAUGAUCUAUUACUUUACAAAGAUAUUACCAAUGGCCACUAG